ACAUGCAGCCCGCAUGAAGUGGUCUUUCUGCACAAUAUGUUGAAAAUGUCCUACAGUAUAAGUAUUUUUUUUUAACAAUUUUAAGACCAAAAUGUGUCUUGUAGAUCAGGGGUGAUCAAACUUUAUGGUAAAAUUAAAAAAAAUAGAAGGGCCACUUUGAUAUUUUGCAUUUUGUAAACCAACCCAUGUAGAUAUAUGCUCACAAAUUAUGUAUUUUUAAAGACAAAAUGGCCUCCAUUUCAGUUUUGUAUUAUAGUUGACAGUAUAUUAUUACUUUUUCUCCACUGCUCAUUUUUUCUAUUUAAUGUUUUAGCAGGGCAGCAUGGCGGUUUAGUGGUUAGCGCGCAGACCUCACAGCUAGGAGACCAGGGUUCAAUUCCACCCUCGGCCAUGUCUGUGUGGAGUUUGCAUGUUCUCCCCGUGCAUGCGUGGGUUUUCUCCGGGUACUCCGGUUUCCUCCCACAUUCCAAAAACAUGCUAGGUUAAUUGGUGACUCCAAAUUGUCCAUAGGUAUGAAUGUGAGUGUGAAUGGUUGUUUGUCUAUAUGUGCCCUGUGAUUGGCUGGCGACCAGUCCAGGGUGUACCCCGCCUCUCGCCCGAAGGCAGCUGGGAUAGGCUCCAGCACCCUCAACCCUCGUGAGGAAAUGAAUGAAUGAAUGAAUUUUUUAGCUUUUUUUCCAUAUUUUUUUUCCGAAAGUCAUGUGCAUCAUGGAACUUGUAGUUGUCAGCCCACUACCAUAACAAGCUCUUUAUUAUACCACUAAAAAAAAAACAUAUAAUUGUCUUAACAAAGCCCGACACAGAUCUAAGUUUACUUCUUCAAAGGGUCCAGCAACGAGCACCAACUUCCCAAAGUCAUGUGAAAGUCAUUUUAAUGGCAGCGACACCAUUAAAGCGCGCUAAAAUUACACAGCUAUUCCUCUGUAGUAAUCAAUCCCCUUUCAUACAGAGGAGGCGUAACCAAUGAAUGGCAUUUUUUGCAAAUGAAAACAAGUUAAUGGUGAAGAAGUUGCGCUAAUGACUAUUUUGUGCAUGAGCGUCGGCGAGAAACGACAGCUGACACAAAAAAAAAGCGUCGGUGACAAAACGCAGCUGCUGGCGGCGCCAAAUGCAUCUCCUAAAUUAGCUUUUAACAGCUGACUCCAGAAGAAAGUGAAGUGAGUUGAUGUGAAUUAAGAUGCAUUGCGGGGAUUCUUUUUAAGGCACAGUUUAAUGUCAUGAAGGAGUUAAAGCAUGGCUGCACUCAAGGUUUAAGGGGGGGAGGCGGGGCGGGCUUUAAGGGCAAAGGGGAUGAUGGGGGGGUGUAUUUUUAUAAACCAUGUGCUCUCCUUCACACCUGUCGGUCUCAUAGCACACAGUUCAACUCCAUUCACACACACGCCACAUUCAAGAAGAAGACUCCCAAGAUGGUUUCAGGGCUCAUCGUUCUGGCAAAUUUUCUUCUCGGGCUCCUGAACGCCUCACUGGUGUUCGUAACUAACCUCACAGGCAGAGUUGUGGGCAGCGAGGCGUUCAGGAGGCAUUUCCACUUAUUGUUGUCCACUUUGGUUCUGGUCGGGCCCGUGCUGAGUUUGUGGGUGUCCAAGUACAGCAUCUUUGCAAACAGCAACCACUAUCUUUACAGGAAGUUCCUCAGUUCAACUUGGGGUUGGACUUGCACCCUAACAAGUUCUUUCAUCAUCCUCCUGUCCCUCUCAGCCCAUCACUCAGCCUCCCUCUGCCUCCGCCACCUCUCUCGACUCGGCCUCUCAGGCCUGCUUUGGUUGGGAUACCAGCGUCUCCUCACAUUGCUGGAGGACGCCGCCGGGACCUGCUAUGAGCCCGUCCUCCAUGGCCAGGAGAGCUCUGCAAACUCCGCACAGCCUCUUCUGCUUCUCCACGAAGACCAGACUAAAGCCUCCUGCCUUAACGCCAAAAUGCUUUGGAGAGGAUAUGAAGUAUCUCAGGAUGUUCUCAUUCUUUGCUUGUGCUGCCUCUUGCUUGUGGAGGAGCUGUCAGUUUUUGGACAUCACCUCAAACAAAAGUUCCCCCACGGAGGCCCCCUCAGGUUCAUUUUCCUCCUCUGUGUGCUUCUUCUCGCCGUCUGGGUGUUCCUGCUACUGUGUGUGCUGGCACACUUCCCAAAUUUCCCCGCGCAGCAGCUAGGAGGAGCUCUUGGCUACCUAGGAUGGAGAGGCCUCUAUCAAGGAUGGUUCCGACUCAAACCAAACUGGCACUGUCCCGGUCUGCCUGGAGUGGAGAUUUCACCCAGCACACCUAAUUAGGAUGCUUGCUUGCAACUGUAGAAGUACUGUCAUGAAAUCAUGGAGUUCGAUUCCCAACGUAUCCCACCAGACAACUGAUUAUGACAUACAGAAUGCAAGAAAUCCUCUUUUAUUUUGUCACGUGUUGGAAAAGAUAAACAAGAAAAGCGAAGAUACACAAUGGCAGUGCGGCCCGUUUGUACUUCCUUGAUCUGGCACGGUUACUCAUGUUAGUAGAUGAGCGCUUUGCAGUCUCCCCGAGGCCUCUUAAUUUUGGCAUAGUUCUUGGUGAUGAUGUCAUAGAGUGCCGCCUAAAAGAGGAACAAAGGCGUCAGAGUCAUAGGUCUGUGACUUGUGUAUUUUGCACUCCUGUUAUAUAGAGGAUCUUUGGCCAGCCUUUUCACAGCAGAGCACCCCUGUCGUAUAAAAAGGCGGGACAAAAAUGAUGCCAAUCAAUGAAAUUAUUUUUUUCCAUUUGGUUGGUGGCCACCACAUAGGGAAGGAAAAGGUGAUGAUAACCAUUGAACAGGAAAUUUAACUUAUUGCAAUAGGCUCAGUGCAGUUAAGAUUACUUCCUUACACAAACAAUAAAUACAGUAAUCCCUCGUUUAUCACUGUUAACUGGUUCAAUCCUAAGUAGAAUGCCUUAUUUAAAAAUGCAAUAUUUGUGUAGUUAUACCAUAGAAAAUCAGUUUAUGACCUUCUAUGUAUAUCUUUUAAUAUUAGAGCACUCUGGACUUGAUAUAGCACCCCUAUUGUCACCUUUACACAUAUAUUACUAAUCUAAUCUGUGAAAAUAAGCCAUUAAAGAGAUAAAUAAGACCCGUGCUGGUGUGUGUUUCAAAUCAUGUUUUCCAGAUGUGUGGACAGGAAGUGACAUCAGCGAUUCAGAAUUGAGUUUUAGCUGGAGUAAGACUGGCACUGUCUGCCAGCACAGCUAAUUAGGAUGCUCACUUGCAACAGAUAAUUAUUAUGUUGUUAUUUUUGUGUGAUAAAAGCCUGUAGUGCAUGUUACUAGUGACACCUAGUGGCAGCUCAUCAGUAUUGUUAUGCCUUAAACUGGUUUAAUUAAAGUGGGGUACACCAAUUGUAAUAGGUAGUGAAUGAUGUAAAAGAGAAACAAUUUGCGCCUAACACUCACAAUUACGAGUGUGCCUUAACGCCUCCGGUUGAAUUUUUAUUUUGCAUUAUUUCCUAUGGGAAACAUUGUUUUGAAGAAUGCUGUGCAUCAUACUGAAAGAUCAUUUUAUGUUGCUAAAUAAGGUAACAUCUCUGAGUGUGAUGCAUCAGACAGUAGCGCCAUCAUCUCCCUAUCUCUAAAAGUGGAUCUAAUGCAAGAGCAUGCAGUUUUAAUGGUGUGUGUAUGAACGCGGUGUUUUAAUAGAAGGCAGCUGUAGCGCUUACUUACAUAUGUGGCGCACAUGUCCAGCACCGUGAGGCGGAGCUCAAAAUACUGAGUCUGGUCCAAUUCGUGAACAAGCUCCCUGUAGUCUCCCUGGAGAACACGACACGAUGCUUUCAUGGUAUGGUUUAACUUGAACUAAUACAGAAUAGCACAUCCAGUAAUUCCACGACAUAAGGUACUGACCACGUGGGGUGUUUUCGAUGCUUUGGCAACUGCAUCCCCUCUCUCGCUGUAAUACCUGCAAACAAUACUCUGUUGUGAUACACUGGUAAGCGUAAUAUAACAAUUAUGCUAGUAGAGGCGCCCUUACUUUGAAAUCUGAGUCUGGAAUCCUUCGAUUUUGGUGCGUGAGCUUGUCAAUAUCUCAAACACUUUUUCCUUUGAAUGAAUAAAAAAAAAAUAAAUGUUAAAAAAAAAAGGAAUUUAAAAGAAAUAUGAACUGUAACGAACCUGCACUGCUACUCCGAAGUUGUUGCCGUCUUCAAUUUUGGGGAUUUGGAGUUGUAUCCACAUAGAAACCUGCAAUUCAUUGUGUGAGUGAAUAGUUGUGUACGCUGGAAGUACCAACAAUCAUGUGCUAUGGCUAUCAUCACGCUUUUUCAUUACUGUUACCCGUCACAAAAUAACACAGUAAAGCUAACAAACAAUAAUGUAGCUCUUUUAGUUGCCUUUCAAAAUAAUGCUUACUAUGUUAGUGUUGAUUGAAGGGUUCAUAUAUUUUUUUUCCAUCCACAACUAAAUGUCAGGACUAACCGUGUUGAGCUUCUCUUUCAGCGUCUGGAUCUGAGGCUUGACUUCUUGCAGGAGUUUCUCCACUCGUUCGUUGCAGCAAAUGGGACCACAAGGAGGGCCUGGUGCAAGAAAACAUCCCCCAUGUUGAUUAACAUAAGGUCUGUUACCUCCUUGGUGAGCUUCUUGGAGAAGUCAUCCACCUGCAACGAGCUCACAAUAAGGCACUUUUUUGGGAUUUUAAUUCAACAGCUCCCUUGUUUUAGCAGCAACUUCAACAACAUGACUUUACAGUAGCAUAACACCACAAGCAAAACAAGAUCAUAUUAUUAGGCCUAAAUAUGAAACAGGUAUAAAUAUGAUUAUUAUUACUAUGGCAUUGCUACUAUGAAUGAUAAUACAGUAAUAUAGAAGUAUAAGUAGGGGUGGCCGUUUAAGCGUCCAUUGCAUUAAAUACAAGUUAUCAACAAGCUAAAGUCUCUGCUGAGCAUUAGAGUAGAGAUACAGCAGAAAAAUAUGAAAUAGCAAAAAAAUAGGGGUCAUAUAAAUCAUUCAUUUAUUGUUUUGAAGCAAUUGUGACAAAAUUGACUGCACUACUUUUUCUCACCAGCGGAGGCGCUGUUGAUUCGACUUCAGCUUCCCAUUUAAAAACGUCUUUCUAAACAAACACACACAAAACAGCAACACACCUAAAUACCAAUGCACUUACUGCAUGCUUGGAAUGUGAUGAACUAUUUAAAAGUUUAUUUCGUUUUCUUUUUUUCACUUUACGUCUUGUUUUUUAACACGUCAUGCAUCUGUUUCCGGGUUCUGCCUCCACGCUAU